UUACAAAAUAAGUGAAACAAGACAAGGUAGAGACACACCUCAUUAGCAAAUACUGGUAUUCGUGGAAAGGGAGACGUGGACAGCACAAGAAAGUGUGGCAUGGCUUGGCUUACCCUCUACCUUCUAAAUGUUCUGUGGGCUGUGGCAGGAACCAGCACCCAAAGCUCUUGCUCUGUCACCCCAGAACAGCAGCCCUGGGUUGAUGGCCUACAAGUGCUCAUGGAGAAGUCGGUGAUGAAGUCAGACUUCACAAACCCCAGCAUCCUUAUUGCCAUGAACCUGGCCGGUGCCUACAAUCUGGAGGCCCAGAAGCUCCUGACUGACAGGCUCGUGGCCAGUGACAGUGCAGACCUGACAAGCGGGCAGCUUGCCCUCAACAUUUUGGCUCUCACCUCUUCAUGCCGAGACACUGGAAGAAAAGUAUCCAUUCUGCAAAAGAAUAUGGAGAACUGGGUGCCUCCAAGCCCCGGUGCUGAAGCCUCAGCUUUCUAUGGGCCCAGUCUGGCCAUCCUCACACUGUGCCAGAAGAACUCAGAGGCAACAAUACCCAUCGCAGUGCGCUUUGCUAAGACCCUGAUAAGGGAGUCUUCGCCCUUCAAUGUGGACACAGGAGCAGUAGCAACCUUGGCCCUGACCUGCAUGUACAACAGGAUUCCUGUAGGUUCUCAGGAAAAUUACAGAGACCUGUUUGGUGAGGCACUGAAGGUUCUUGUGGAUAAUAUCAGCUUGAAGAUCAAAGCUGAUGGCAUCAUUGGAGACAUCUACAGCACCGGCCUUGCCAUGCAGGCUCUCUCUGUGACACCUGAGCAACCUAUCAAGAAAUGGGACUGCCAGAAGACUAUGGAUAUGAUACUCAAUGAGAUUAAGCAGGGGAAAUUCCAAAACCCCAUGUCCAUUGCUCAAAUUCUCCCCUCCUUGAAAGGCAAGACUUACCUAGAUGUGCCCCAAGUAAAUUGUGGGCCUGAUAAUGGAGUGCCACCAACUCCAGCUGACUAUCCUACCCCCGUGCCCACCUCACCAUCUAACAUCACCGUCAUAUACACUAUAAACAACCAGCUGAAGGGGGUUGAUCUGCUCUUCAACAAGACCAUGGAAGUUAGUGUGAAAAGAGGAUCUGUAUUACUUGUUGUCCUGGAAGAAGCACAGUGCAAGGACUCCAUGUUCAAAUUUGAAACCAAAAUGACGUCUUGGGGCCUUUUUGUUACUUCUAUCAACAAUAUUGCUGAAAAUGUUAAUCACAAGACAUACUGGGAGUUCCUUAGUGGCAAAACGCCUUUGGAUGAAGGGGUUUCUUACUAUGUUCCCUCCAACUACGAGCACAUCACAGCCAACUUCACCCAGUACUGA